AUGAAGUUGAUGGAUGGAAGAAACUACUCAGUGGUGUCUGAAUUUUUGUUGUUGGGACUCACCAGUGUUUGGGAAUUUCAGAUUCUUCUUUUUCUGUUUUUCACAAUAUUUUAUAUCGCAAGUAUGUUAGGAAACCUUCUCAUUGUGCUCACAAUCAUCUCAGAUCAUCACUUACAUUCUCCAAUGUACUUUUUGCUGGCAAAUCUUUCUUUUAUUGACACAGGUGUUUCCAGCAUUGCAACCCCGAAAAUGAUUUAUGACCUUUUUAGAAAGCACAAAGCCAUCUCCUUGAAAGGGUGCAUUACUCAAAUGUUCUUUAUUCACACUGUUGGGGGGACAGAGAUGGUGCUACUGAUAGUCAUGGCCUUUGACCGAUACAUUGCUAUCUGUAAGCCCCUCCACUAUCUGACCAUCAUGAGCCUAAGGAUGUGUGUUUAUCUUCUGGCUGCUGCUUGGACCAUUGGACUCAUCCAUUCUGUGGCCCAACUGGCUUUUGUUGUAAACUUACCCUUUUGUGGCCCCAACAAAAUGGACAGCUUUUAUUGUGACUUUCCUCGGUUCAUCAAACUUGCAUGUACAGACACAUACAGGCUAGAGUUUCUGGUCACUGCCAACAGUGGUCUCAUCUCCAUGGGCACCUUCUUCAUCUUGAUGGCAUCUUACAUCUUUAUUCUGGUCACGGUUCGCAAGCACUCUUCAGGAGCUUCGUCCAAGGCCUUGUCCACUCUCUCAGCUCACGUUACAGUGGUGUUUUUUUUCUUUGGUCCAUGCAUUAUUGUCUAUGUGUGGCCAUUCCCUUCCUUACCCAUAGAUAAAUUUUUAGCCAUCUUUGAUGCCAUUAUCACUCCUUUUAUGAAUCCUAUUAUAUAUACAUUUAGAAACAAGGAGAUGAAGGUGGCAAUGAGGAAACUGUUUGCUAAUGUUUUAAGUUCCAGGAAAAAUUCUUUCAUGCAUAGUUCAGGAAAUUCACAUUCAUCUUGA